AUGGAGUAUCUCCAUUGUGCUGCCAAAAUGAAUACCUUUCCUGGUACACCUGAGAAGUUUUUCACUGUGAUACUAGGUGACGAUGCAAUGUUUUUCCAGCAGUACCGAAAUGCACGAAAAGAUACAGAUUUAAAGCUGAGUAAGUGGCAUGUCUCAGAUGAGUACGGUGGAAAUGUUCGGGAAGUAACUUUCAGGUCACUAUGCCACAGUCCUUUGUGUCCUCCAGACACUGCAGUAACUGAAUUGCAGCAUGCUUCUUUCUCAAACGACAAAAGAAACCUGAUCUAUGAAACAAAGCAGCAAGCACACGAUGUCCCAUUUGGUUCUUACUUUGAGAUCCACUGCAGGUGGUCUCUAAGGACAACCUCUAGUUCAACAUGUCAAGUGGAUAUAAAGAUUGGUGUGAACAUGAAGAAGUGGUGCAUUUUGCAAUCAAAAAUAAAAUCUGGAGCAACUGAGGAGUACAGGAGAGAAGUUUGCGAGAUUUUGGAGGCUGCCAGUGAUUAUGACGUCAAAGCUGAGUCAAAUGGGCCAAAUAGGGAAGAUAUUGUGGUGACAUCUUCAGCAUAACGGACU